AUGGAAAACGCCGCUGCAGAUGGCGACGGUUCAUGUCAUGCAGAUGAGCUCUUCAAUUUGGGCAAUAAGCUGGACGAAGAAGGACGAUUCGAAGAGGCAGCGGCAGCGUACCAGCAAAGCGCUUCCAUCAGUGAGGCGUCCUCUGGUGAGGUUCCGAGCGACGUGUUGCUGAACUUGGGCUUCGCCCUGCGAAGUUUGGGGAAACUGGACCAAGCACGAGCGGCUUGGCGCCGGGCACUGCGCAGCGUGGCCGAGGUGCGCUCACGGGCCGUUCUGCUGACCUCCGGAGGCUUGUGUACGGAACCGGAGGCCGUCUUGAAGCUCGCAGGAGUGCUUCGCGGCCUUAAGAUCGAUGCCACGGUGUUGCAAGGGCUCCUGCCAGCUUCGGAGCUGCACCAGCUUCGCUUCAAGUCGGAGUCCGAGUGUCUCAGCGAGGUCUUCGCUUCCUCCGUGUUGGCACCGGAGCCCUGGGUGCGGCUGCUCUGCAUCGGCGAGGCGCUACCUCGUGCAGAAGUGGCAGCUUUCGCUGCAGAGGUCAACGCCAUGCUUGAUAUUGGCUUGCUGGAGGAAGUUCUGCCCGGACACUUGGCUUCCGGUUUGCAGCUCUACCCCUUCAGAGGCCUCGCCCUGCUUACAGACUGGUCCAGCGUGACGCUGGGGCCACCCGGUGACGAGCCGGUGAUGGCCAUCGGCACGGAUUCCCUGGAGCUGCCGAAGGGCUCAGACUCACUUUUAGGGUUCCAGGGUUCCAGGGUUCCAGGGUUCCAGGGUUUAGGGUUUAGCGGUUUAGGGUUCCAGGGCAGUGGAGGGAGCUUUCACAUUUUUUUUUUGACUUUCAGGUGCCUGGCGCUCUCUCCAGGCGAUGAGAAGGCGAAGUCUGACCUCAGCGGCCUCCGAGUGCUGGACCUCUGCACAGGCAGCGGUAUCGCUGCACUGCAUGCCCUGCGCUGCGGAGCGGAGGAGGCGGUCGCGGUGGAUCUCAGCCCGCGCGCAGCAAGCAUCGCGAAGGCCAAUGGCCUCAUCAACGACUUGGGUUCCAGGCUGACCGUUUGCCAGGGGGACCUCUUUGAGGCUAUUGAAGGCAUUGCAGACAUGCGUGGCUUCGACUUGAUCGUGGCAAAUCCACCGUUCGUUGCGGCCCCGGAAAAUGUAAAAGCUUCUCUCUACGUCCAUGGAGGCCGUGACGGCCUGUCAGUGACGAGGGGCCUCGUCGCCGGGGCCUGCGAUCACCUGGAGUCCCAAAAUGGAACCCUGGUCAUGAUCGGCGAGUUCCCGAACUUGUCCACCGAGGCGCUUCCACCUUGGCUGCCAGAUAGACCUGGCUGGAAUCAUGCCGCCUUCUACGCCGAGGAGCAUCGCCAGAGUGCGGCCGCCUAUGCCGCCGACCGUGCGAGGCCGCCAGCAUCGGAGCCUCUCUGGACCAGCUCGCUGCGUGCCGCGGGAGUGGAGGACAUGAUCUCGGCUUUGAUCGUAUCCUCCUUCGAUGGUUCGAGGCGCGAGGCUUGGUUGAUUCCUUGGGAGAGCAAGGCCAAAGGUCUGUAUCGAGCGCGGCCACUUCUAGUGCUUCCUGGGACUGCUUUGUUUGGCCUGCCAAAGAUGCUGACCACUCCUGGUCUGGUGUGGAGCUUCGGGUGCGUCACGGACAGCGAUGGGAGGAAUGUGCUCGAGCCCUUCCUCCGAAAGUUGGCCUCAGGGCACACGCAGGGAAUGAAGGAGGAAUUCGGGCUUCUCUGUGACGAGCCGGCUCAACGGUCUUUGCGCGGCGGGUCGCCGCCCUUCCCGGAAGAAGGCGCCGUCUUCGAUUUCUUCCCUGUGGGACCGAGCUGCAAGUGGGAGCCCUGGAGCAAGAAGAUCGGCACUUUCGAGAUCCCCAAAGAUGCACAGGCCCACUCGCUCAUCGUCCCCACCUCCGACACCGUGAGGAAUGCUUUCUUCCUCCAGAUGCUGAUCAAGGCAGAGUGCCACGUGCUCUUUGCAGGCCCGACGGGGACUGGCAAGACGGUGGUGAUCCAGCAGCAGCUUCUCAAGGGCUUCGACAGGGAGCCGAGACCUAAGAAGUACAACACGUUCGCCUUUGCCUUCAGUGCCCAGUCCAGUGCAAACCAGACGCAGGAUGUGAUCGAUGGCAAACUGGACAAGAGGAAGAAGGGCUGCUAUGGCCCACCCUUUGGAAAGCGCUGCCUCGUUUUUGUGGACGAUUUGAACAUGCCGGCGAAGGAGAAGUAUGGUGCUCAACCGCCGAUCGAGUUGCUGAGGCAGUGGAUGGACACCAGUGGGUGGUACGAAAGAAAGACCUGUGAGUAUCGCCAAUUGGUGGAUUUGAACUUCAUUGCUGCACUCACCCCCAGUGCUGGUCGGCCACAAAUCACCGCGCGCUACUUGAGGCACUACAACUACUUCUACGUCUUGCCUUUCGAAGGAGAGAGUCUUCACCGAAUCUUUCAGACAGUCCUGCAGUGGUACCUGGCCAAGUUCCCGAGUCAGGUUGGUGCACUCAGCGGGAACGUUGUCCGAGCAACUGUCGACAUCUACCAUUCGAUCUCGGCCAACAUGCUGCCGACGCCCGCUAAGUCGCAUUACACCUUCAACCUGAGAGAUCUCGCCAAGGUGAACCAGGGCAUCUGCCUCUGCAGCAAGGAGUCUCUGCCGACCCCGGACGACUUCAUCCGAUGCUGGGUUCACGAAUGCCAGCGGGUCUUCCAGGACCGGCUCGUCAAUGAUGAGGAUAAUGCAUGGUUCAACGAGCUCCUGCAAGAGAAGUUGCAGGAGCACUUCAAGAAGCAGUGGAAAGCCGUCGUCAAACAGGAGCCGCUAAUUUUUAUUGACUUCGCUGACAGUGGCAUACUCAGCUUGGCCAAAGCAUCUCCGUGUGCAGGCACGGCAGGUUUGCAGUGCCAAGUUGUCCCACGGCUCAGGCAAGGCACCAUACUAUCAGCAGGUCAUCGACUAUGA